AUUUUUUAAAAAAAUCGAUUAAACUUCGCUCCAUUUAAAAAAGUUAAAACGGUUAUAAUAUGAUACGGAAGUGGAGUACUAGUAGGAGACUUGGACUUGGUCGUCCUCCCCCAUUCCGAUCCAGGUGUGCCGUGCCCGUGCGGUACGCGUGCCAUUCUCCGGCCGCGCCACAUGGCUCCGACCGCCGCCGCCGCCGCCGCCGUCGUCGCCGCGCUGUCCGACGACCUCCUCCGGGAGGUCUUCCUCCUGCUCCCCACCGCCGCCGACCUCGUCCGCGCCUCCCUCGCCUGCAAGCCCUUCCUCCGCGCCGCCCGCAACGCCGGCUUCCUCCGCCGCUUCCGCCGCCGCCACGGCCCGCUCCUCCUCGGCUGCCUCCUCCACCACGCCGACCUGCCCGCCCCGGUGUUCGUCCCCUCCUCCCCCGCCGCCGCCGCCGCCGCUGCUAGGGCUGAUGGCGACUUCUCCCUCUCCUUCCUCCCCCACGGCGGUUGGUUGGGCGGCGGCGGCGGCGCGCCGUGGCGGUUCUUGGACUGCCGGAACGGCCGCGUCCUACUCAAGAAUCGGGGGACGCAGGAGCUCGCCGUCGCCGACCCGUUGGCCUGGAGCUGCGUCUCCCUCCCGCCGCCCCCCGCCGCGCGCGCCGUCGGGUACGGCCUCGUCGCCGACGACGGCGACUCAUCGGUGUUCCGGGUGUUCUGCAUUGCGCAACUCGGCGACGGCGACGGCGGCGUCUCCUCCGAGACGCGCGCCAUGGUCCUCUCACCCGGUGAGCUUUCCUGGGCCGACGUCGCCGUUCACCCCCACCGCCUCAACCUCGCCGCCGCCUCCCGGGCGAUGCAGGCGAACGGGUCGCUGUACUGGACGCUCGAGGGCGGCGCGAGCGUGGUGGCGCUCAACACGGCGACGAACGAGUUCUCCGUCCUCGAGCUCCCGCCUCCACUGAGGCAGCUCAGCUUCGACGUCGUCGAGAAGGGGGAGGAGGAGGACGGCGGCGGCGGCGGCGGGCCGCUCUACCUGCUCACCAUGCGCGGCUUCUGCGUCGAGGUGUGGGCCGGCGCGGGGGACGGCGGCGCCGGCGAGCUGACGUGGACGCGGGUGGAGAAGUCGGUGAGGUUCCACAAGGCGAUGGCGAUGCUGCAGCAUGAUUCGGUGGAGAUGUACCACCAUGGAUUGGAUGUCGUCGGCGUCGUUGCCGGCGUCCUGUUCUUGCGUCACUGGAAUUGCCUGCUCUCCAUUGAUCUGGAAACCAUGAAGCUGAGGAAGUUGUCCGAUGAAGAUUGCUCGUCGGCGUCGAUUUACCCGUAUGCGAUGCCUUGGCCGCCAUCGUUCUUGAAUCCUGCUGAACAUGGUGCUUGAUGAAAUGGAAUGUGGGUGGUGACACUAUGCUGAACCUCCAACUAAUGGUGAUCAAUUAUGUAAUUAUGUUGGUGCUACCAAAGGUUAUGAUGGAAAAGUAUGAAAUUCAGUUAUCCAUAUGAAGAAUCGGAGGGAUGAUAGGAACAAUAUGUUGCUAGUUUUUUUUUCCUUACAUGUUUGAACCUCCUAUGUUCUACAGUAUUUGAUGUCUAAGUUAGUAAAACCUUAUGCAAAACUAUAGGUUGGUACUGUUCAGAAGGAGAUUCAUACUGCUCUGAUAAUUAUACUUGUGGCAAAAUAUAUGGAUUGUUUCAUGAGGCU